UUUGAAGCUCCUUGGAUGCUGCCUGAACUGCUGUGCUCUUCCAGCACCACUAAUCCAGAUAUCAAACAAUGAUGAUUCAGAAUACAGAAAAGAGAUAGAGGGCUUGAUGCUAUGGUGCAGUGAUAACAACCUCACUCAACAAUGGCAAAACAAAAAAACUGAUAAUUGAUUUCAGAAAUAAAGGAGGAGAACACAUCUUUGUCUACAUUAAUGGAGCGGAAGUUGAGAGCGUCAAGUUUCUAGGCGUGAUGAUAAUCGACAAACUGUCCUGGACUUCCCAUGUCGAUGUGAUGGUCAAGAAGGCACAAAAAUGUCUCUUCCUGAGGUGGCUUAAGAAAUCUGCAUGUCCUUGAGGACUCUCACCAACUUUUACAGAUGCACCAUAGAAAGCAUAAUAUCUGGCUGCUUAACAGCCUGACAUGGCAACCGCUCUGUCCAGGACCGUAAGAAACUACAAAAGGUAGUGUGCGCAGCCCAGGCCAUCACAGAAGCCAACCUUCCAUUCAUGGACUCCGUUUACUUGGCUCACUACUGCGGAAAGGCUGCCAAAGAGAUGAAAGUGAGGACUGCAGAUCAUCAAAGACCCAUCUCACCCCGGUGUGCUGGAACACUUGAAGACACUGGAAAAAUGUGCCAAGAAGCUGGCGUCAGAACAAUUAGAAGCACAGCACAAAGCGCAGGUUCUAGAGCAGGAAAAAACAUUGUUGGAAAGACUGAGAUCAAAAAGGGAUGCACUGAGGACCAGAGUGACUGCACAGUCUGCUGGAGUAAGUGAAGUCCUUGUUAGAUAUUCUGGCAGAGACACGAACAGUCUCAGUCCCACUGUUGGACAAAGUGGAUGUUAGUGCCAUGUUACUGAAAGGGAGAGUCAAGACUCUGCAGGACAUUCUGGAUGCAUAUAACCUUGCAGGAGUUAGUGUUAAGGUGAGAGAGCCAAGCUCUACAUUCUCUUUCUGUAUCAGCACUGCACAUGAGGGUAUCUACCUAGACUCUUAUUACCUGGACAUUCACACCAAGCAUCCAUGCAAGAUAAUUCAGCACAACAUACCUGCCUUCAUCCCUCUGGAGCAGACAGCUCGCAAGUACCUGCAGAAUGACCUUGGGCAGUUCAUGGAUGUGCUGCGAGAUGCCCUGAAUGCCUAUGCCAGCAGAAGAUAUCAGGUGGAGCAAUUACAGGUGCACUACCAUACAUCCCUGACGGGCCAGGUACAGAAGAAUGCUGCAUAUAACUUGUUGAAAUUUCAGUAUCCCAUUCAGUGUGGGGACAUGCGUCAUGACGUCCAAGUGAAACUGGUAUAUGAGGAUCUUGCAUGCUACCUUCCGACUGAAGUCACAUUGACCUGUACAGCAGAAGAUUCAGAAUCCAUGAGGACAAAGUUAGAAAGUCAUCAGCAACUCUUCCAAAACAUGGAGCUUCACCGAGUAUUUAACAGCUUGAAGAUGCAACAAGAAGCAGUUGUAUCAAGCAGCUGUCUCUCUGCAGUACACAGUUCAGCCAGUCCUUCCAGUCACUGAGUGCUACAGCCUUCAACUACCACGUUACAAAAGAGGCUAUGGAACAGGACGCAAAUAGGAUUGAUCUUGAAGUUCUGAAUUAUUCCUUAAUAAAACAGAUGACUGAUUCUGUAUUAACCACUUUAUAUCUCUUGUUCAAACUGGAAUAAGGGUCAGCUUUUGUGAAGGGGAUGUUGCAAGAGUUUUCAACAGAAAGGUUCAAAAGUCAUUCCAGAUAUUUGAGCACAUAAUUCAGGCAGUGCUUGUAGAGAGGAAUAGCCACCCUAUUGGAGGGGGUGUACUGAGGGCAAUACUCAGCUGCUGGAGAAUUAGUACUAAGGGAGUGCUGCACUGUCCAGCAGAGUUGGAGCAGACAAGGGCUAUUUCACCUAUUGAAUCUAUUUCACCAUUCAGUGAUAAUCCCCAAAUCAUUUUUACCGUUUUAACUGGACUCACUGGUAGCUCUUGGUUUCGUCAUGGUGUGACUCCCAGUUAAAUGAAAUAGGAAUGAAAUAUCUGACAAUCGAUAGGUUUAUAGCACUUACUGGUCUUAUCAGUUGAUCAUAUUGCCUGCUUUCUCUGCUGCAAUGAUGUACGUGCCUUUGUUUCAACUGUUUAUUCAUUGGCACCGCUGAGAUGACUGCUCCCCUCCUCAGUUCAAUAAAUAGUAUGGUUCAAACCUACAAGUAUUUUAACUAAGAAUUGUCGAGGUUAUAACAGGCAAGGAUUGUUCCAUUCUAAGUUGGUGGAAUAAUUUAAUAGAGGCUUUACAAAGCUUGUACAGUGAUGUUUGGUUUGGAGAAGGUGACUGAUAUUCUUCCUUUCCCCAUCUCACUUUACCAUAACAGGAAA